GGAGGAGCCGGGCCGGGCACCGGGCGGGCCCGCGGGGCCGGGCCGGGCCAUGGCGGGUGAGGCGGCGGCCGGCGGCGCGUGGCAGCCCCAGCGGGUGCCCCCAUGAAGCAGCGACGCGGCCGGGGCUGCCGGGAACCCGCGGGGCGCCAUGAGAGCGGGCCACGAGCGGAGCCAGGAGUGUCUCCCCCCAAAGAAGCGGGACCUCGCCAGCGCCAGCACUGGCACCGAGCCGGGACGGACGGGGRCAGCCCCGGGCUCGGCCGAGGGCCCCGAGUGGGCCCGCACAGCCGGGCCGGCUCCCGCCGCACCGCGCUACAGCCCCGGCGAGGCCCCCGAGGCAGCGGCGGGGCUGACGGUGGACCAGUACGGGAUGCUCUACAAAGUGGCGGCACCGCCUGCCACCUUCUCCCCCACGGGCCUGCACCCCGUGGUGAACGUGAGCCCCCUGCCCCCCACUUUCAACGUGACCUCGCCCAUCAUCCAGCACCCGGGGGUGCCCUUUCCCCCCAUCCACUAUGCACAGAUCCCUUCGGCCUCCGUGCAGCUCAUCGGUUCCCACUACACAGUGCCCUUUGCCAUCCCUCCUGCCUUCCUGCCUAGUCCUCUCCUGUCUCCUUCCACCAACCUCACCGCCCCCCAUGUCCCCCACUUUGUGCCAUAUGCCUCCCUGUUCACGGAAGAAGCUGCUCCUUCCCCCCAGACUACCUCUCCCACCCACAGCUUCAACAAAUCUGCCUCUGCAGCCUCUCCUGGGCAGAUGCAGCACCACGCUGUGCCCCAGCCACCGGACAUGGCAGCRGGGAGAAUUCCUGUUUAUUAUCAGCUGUCCCGCCUCCCACCGGGGUACUCAGCCUAUGAGGCACCUGUAGCAGGCGGAAGCUCAGAGUCUCCUCAGCAAGACAGCCAGCUGAGCUCAGAGGUGGCUGCAGCCAAUGGUGGGCAAAGGCCCCUGGAGCAAAGUGUGGCCAGGAGGUGCAGCAAGGCCGUGGACUCUGCCAGCAGUGCAGCUGAGGACUGUCUGCCCUCAGGGGCUGCAGCAGGAUGUGUGGGCGAUGGACAGUUCCUUCCAAGUUACCAGAUGCUGGGAAGAGAGAUCUCUGUGCCUGCUCACAGGAGCACUCCCGAUGCUGAUCUGGAGGUUCAGAGGGUGGUGGGGGUGYUGGCAUCUCAGGAUUAUCAUGUUCUGGCAGCCCAGAGGAAGGAUGACCCGAGCCCUUUGAACCUUUGCCAUAAUGUCCCUGAUGGGCAAGGAGACAUGCUGAGGAACACCACAGACAGGGCUGCAGCUGAGAACAGCCCGUCCUGGAGCCCAUGUGGAAUGUCCCCCGAAGAGACUGUUAGACAGAAACAGUUAACCAAAGGAAUGGUAAUAGCCAAUGGCAAACCAGUCCUUGUUCCUGUUGGAUCUGAGCCUGUCAGGUCUUCCAUUUCAGAAGCCUUGGUGAGGGAGAGCCCAGAUGCACAGGCUCGAGGAAAUGUGCUUGAAAAGGAGCUGGCCCAGUUGCAGCCACCCAGCUCCUCACAACUGCCCUCUCACUUCAUGAAAGGAGCCAUCAUCCAGCUGGCAACAGGAGAGCUGAAGCGGGUGGAGGACCUGCAGACUCAAGACUUUGUUCGCAGUGCAGAGGUGAGCGGAGGCCUGAAGAUCGACUCCAGCACUGUGGUGGAUAUUCAGGAAAGCCAGUGGCCUGGGCUUGUUACACUGCAUUUUGUGGUUGGGGAGCAACAAAGUAAAGUGAGCAUUGAUGUGCCCCCGGAGCAUCCCUUCUUUGUGUAUGGCCAGGGCUGGUCCUCCUGCAGCCCAGGGAGGACUGCUCAGCUGUUUGCUUUGCCCUGUCACAGGCUGCAAGUGGGGGAUGUCUGCAUAUCAAUCAGUUUACAGAGCAUGAAUGGCAACUCUGCUUCUCAGGCCAACUCCCCUCUCACAGAUCAACUGGUAUCUGCUAGGGAGAGAUUGGAACAAACAGCUCAGGGGCCCAGAGAGCCAUCUGACAGAGCUGCUGAAAGGAAGAGCCACACAGAUAGAGCCAGCGUGGCCCAGAGCUCUCGUGCAGAAUCCUCCCAGCCUGAGGCUCGCAAUCUGUACAGUUUGGCCCCUGGCUUCCAAAGAUACAGCAUGCAGGCAGAGGAGCCUCGGCCCUCUCUGCUCCGUCCCUCUUUCAUCCCCCAGGAGGUCAAGCUGUCUAUUGAAGGGCGUUCAAAUGCAGGGAAAUGAUGCCUUGGAGGUGUGAGCUAGGGCAGCCCCAGCAGGUGAGCCGUACCAUCAGGUGGAGGAAUUGCACAGACUCUGUCAYAGGCUCACCAGCAAAGGCUGCUCUCUGCCUUGCAGCAAUGGCUCCAUUCUAGUUCCAUGACUGACCMGUUCCUCUUGGGGAGUCAGGAGGGCUCCAGUGCCUCAGGGAGCAAUGACAGGCUAGCUGGAGUGUGUGAUGGGAGCAUUCUGGAGGCUGCGGCUUUCUCCCACUUCCUGGGAUAACUGAUCCCCUGCAGGGCAGGGGCUGAGCAUUCGGGGCAGGUGGGGAGWUGAGGAGGGCAGACACGGCUUAAGGUAGCAUAUAAAAUUGCUGAAGAUUUUAUUCUUUUUUUCUUGUGAUGGGGAGAGACGGCUCCCCACUGGAGUUUGGGGGCUCUACUCCCAGUAUCCCCUUUCUUCACACAUGCACUUUAAAAGGACCGUUCACCAAUGGAGCUCUCAAGGGCAGGAUGAAGGUGCUUCUCUGGUGGUUCUGAUUAAUGUCUCUUUUCACUGAAUCCAACUGCUCUUUCUUCUUGCAAAGAAUGUACAGAUUUGAAUGAAUUAUGGAAAUUCAAGAGGAGGGACCAAAAGGAUGGGUUUGGGUGAAGGUGAAUAGGGAACUUGAGCACUUGGGAUGGGACACAAAUUGGGAUUGGAGUUUCCUGCUGUAAAGUACAUUUAGUUGUUGACCACCAAAUCAAUUUUUUCUUCCCAUGUUAAUAUUUUUUUAAAAAAACCUUCCUGGGCUUAUAGCUUUUGUUGCAGAGGCUUAACCUAAGAUGAACUCGAUUGGUUUUUUUUUUU